AUACCGCACUUGCCCCAGUCACCGGAGGGUGCUCAUUUGCAGUUGCUUUCCGACGAGCCCCCUCUGUCUGGCGCCCUCCUUGAUUCUGUGCUUUCUCUAGGCUUUCUCUCUGAACUAUCUCUUGCCUCUUUCUGGCAUGUCUCUGAGCCAUCCCUGGGCUGUCUCUGAGUGGUCUCUGGGCUCUCUCUGAAUUGCUUCUGAGCACUCUCGGGGUUCUCUCUAAACUUUUUCCGGCUCUUUCUGGAGCCCUCGUGCUCCUGAUUCCCCCACCCCCGCCACCACCUCGCUCCCUCCCGGGUUCCUUGGCUGUGCCUCCAGCUCUCUGGCUCCCUCCCGGGCGCUGUGGCUCCCCGCUGGCUCCUUCCCUAGCUCCCAGCUAGCUGCCGAGCCAGCCCUGGCAACGCUCUGCGCGCUGGGUGGGGGCAGCGCAGGGCACUGGGCGCGGGGUCCCCCCGGCCCCAAGGCCCCCAGGCCCAUGGAGCUGGUGCCAGGGCUAGGCGCCCUGAGGCGGCGGAAGCGGCUGCUGGAGGAAGAGAAGAGCCUAGCGGGCUGGGCUCUGGCGAUGGCUGGAGUCGGAAUCGGGAUGAUGGUGCUGCACGCGGAGAUGCUGUGGUUUGGUCAAUGUCAGUGGGUUCCCUAUCUCUUCCUGGUGAAAUGUGGGAUCAGCAUCUCCACCCUUCUCCUCCUCGGGCUCAUCUUGGCCUUCCACGCUAAGGAGGUUCAGCUCUUCAUGACAGACAACGGGCUUCACGACUGGCGGGUGGCGCUGACCGGGCGUCAGGUGGCCCAGAUCGCUCUGGAGCUGCUGGUGUGUGGGGCGCACCCGCCUCCACUGGUGGCGUGGGACGCCCCUCCGUGCCUGGUCCAGUCGCGGUCCUGGCCGGUCUUCCUGAGCCAGGGCGAGGCCCUGCUAUCGCUGGCCAUGCUGCUGCGCCUCUACCUGGUGCCUCGGGCCGUGCUCCUCCGCAGUGGGGUGCUACUCAACGCUUCCUACCGCAGCAUCGGCGCCCUUAACCGCGUGCGCUUCCGACACUGGUUCGUGGCCAAGCUGUACAUGAACACGCACCCAGGGAGGCUCCUGCUGGCCCUCACCCUGGGCCUCUGGCUCACCACAGCCUGGGUGCUUUCCGUGGCUGAGAGGCAGGCGAUCAAUGCCACUGGGCACCUGACAGACACUCUGUGGCUCAUCCCCAUCACCUUCCUGACCAUCGGCUAUGGGGAUGUGGUUCCAGGCACCGUGUGGGGGAAGAUUGUCUGUCUUUGCACAGGGGUGAUGGGGGUGUGCUGUACAGCUCUUCUAGUGGCUGUCGUUGCCCGAAAGCUGGAAUUUAACAAAGCAGAGAAACACGUGCACAACUUCAUGAUGGACAUUCAGUACGCCAAAGAGAUGAGGGAUUCUGCAGCCCGGGUGUUACAGGAGGCCUGGAUGUUCUACAAACACAGUAGAAGGAAGGAGUCUGGAGCUGCCCGGAGGCACCAACGGAAAUUGCUGGCUGCCAUUCACAUAUUCCGGCAGGUCCGCUUAAAACACCGUAAGCUCCGAGAACAAGUGAACUCCAUGGUGGACAUCUCUAAGAUGCACAUGAUCCUGUGUGACUUGCAGUCUGGCCUCAGCACUUCUCACAGAGACCUGGAGAAGCGAAUGGAUAUCCUAGGCGGGAAGCUUGACACCCUGACCCAACUCCUCAGUGCAGCCUUAGAACCGGCACAGCCCCCGGAACCCAGGGAGGCCACGUAGUUGGGACUGUGGAAAGGGAACCUAGCUCCUUUGGCCCCAGGGGACAAGGCUGGAGUCAUCCCCUUUCACUUCAUCAGAAGCACCAAAGAGGGCAAUCCCUCUCUCCAACAGCUGCUAGAGGAGUCCCUGGCUGGCCCAGGAGUACCCCUGCUCACCCAAGCAAUGGAAGGGGUGGAUUUUAAAGCUGCUACAGGGCUGAGGAGUCAAGAAACCCAGGAGCUACAGACCACAGGCCUUCUUCGAAGUCACACCAGCAACUAAGGAAUAGAAGGAAGGGGAGACUCUGGGAAAGGGGAGAAGCUGGGGGCCAGGUGCCUGGAUCCCUGGAAGGGUGGGGGAUGAAAGGGCCAUAUCCCUCAUUAUUCCCUGAAGGAUCUGACUCCUGGGUCUGUGGAGUGGGAGGAGGCUGGAUGCCUACCUAGGUCCCUACUAGGGACAUGAGGCCCAGAGAGCUGGUUCCCCAAGCUGAGCAAGAAUGAAGAGGGCUGGACACAUGAGUCCCUGCCCUCAGCAGCUGCUGGACAGUGAAAGAACUAAAGGGAUCAAAUGUCAGAGGUGGAGAGAGGCUCCUAGGACCACCAAGCUGCCAGGUCCAUGGAGGCCCAGGGCACCCCCUAGUGGGGACAGCAAGGGAGAAGUGGGAGGCCUGAGCCCGUGAAGGGGAAUCUGGCCAGAGCUUCCCAGCUUUCCCCCCUUCCCCCGUGCCACUUUGUAAUAAAAGUUAAUAUUAUGGAA